CGAACAGUCAUUCGUCAGGCGUAGAACAAACCAGUCAGUGUGGGCCCGAUCGUCGUCGUCCUCAACAUUCCGCUUGUUGCGUGUGAAUCAGCUGGAAAAACGGUUUUAUUUUGAAUUGUUUUGAGUAAAGUUCGGUCGCUGUUGUGAUCAACGGAUCAGAUCCUUUUCUGUAUACUGAACCCGGGAAGUGUGUUCGCGUGUUUCCAGACAGGAAGAUAACCAACGGUUUGCGGAAGUAGUUUACAAGUUCAUCCACUAGUGUUCGACGGAAGCAGUAAAUCAAAAAAAUGUCUAAGACCCUUGAGGAAUCGCCCAAUGCCCACAUCAACAAAACCCUGUUGGACAAGUACAUGAGCCUGCCGAUACCGGAGGGCAAGAUACAGGCCACCUACAUCUGGAUCGACGGCACCGGCGAAAACCUGCGCUGCAAGGACCGAACGCUCGAUUUCAUUCCCGAAAAACCAAGCGAUCUUCCCAUCUGGAACUAUGACGGAAGCUCGUGCUACCAAGCCGAGGGACACAACUCCGAUGUCUACCUACAUCCGGUGGCCAUAUUCAAGGAUCCCAUGCGCCCGGGCAACAACAUUCUGGUGAUGUGCGAAACGUACCGCUUCGAUGGCACCCCAAUGAAGUCGAACAAGCGCCAGACGUGCCGCGAGGUGUGCGAUAAGGUUGCCAACCAGCACCCGUGGUUCGGAAUCGAACAGGAGUACACACUGCUCGACAUCGACGGCAGGCCGCUCGGAUGGCCCAAGAAUGGAUUCCCCGGACCACAGGGACCGUACUACUGCGGUGUCGGCGCGAACAAGGUUUACGCUCGGGACAUCGUUGAUGCGCACUACCGGGCCUGUCUGUAUGCCGGAAUCAAGAUCUGCGGUACGAACGCCGAAGUCAUGCCCGCCCAGUGGGAAUACCAGGUGGGACCGUGCGAAGGUAUCUCGAUCGGUGACGAACUGUGGGUGUCGCGCUUCUUGUUGCACAGAAUUGCCGAAGAGUUCGGGAUCGUCGCUACUCUGGAUCCGAAACCGAUGGUUGGCGACUGGAAUGGUGCCGGUGCACACACCAACGUGUCCACGAAGGCCAUGCGCGAGGAUGGCGGCAUCGCCGAAAUCGAAAAUGCCAUUGCCAAGCUGUCCAAAUGUCACGAACGUCACAUUCGGGCCUAUGACCCACGUGAGGGAAAGGAUAACGAGCGCCGCCUAACGGGAAAGCACGAAACCAGCUCGAUCAACGAUUUCAAUGCGGGCGUUGCCAACCGUGGAGCCUCUGUGCGUAUCCCGCGUGGCGUCGCUGACGAUGGCAAGGGCUACUUUGAGGACCGUCGGCCGAGCUCCAAUUGUGAUCCGUACAGCGUUGUGGAGGUCAUUCUCAAAACGAUUUGCCUGGACGAAUAGAGCUGUUGUGCGUCUAAUUGUGUAUUUUGUAUGUUUAACAACCAAUUCUAAGAUGAACCGGUGCAUUCUCAUUGUUACUAACCACAAAGUUUUUUUUGUUUGUUUGUUUUUAAAUCAUAACAAUCUAUUUAUGUUUUCUGUUACGUUACGAGAAAUUAUGAAAGAGAGCUAGUAUAUGUAUUACAUUAAUAUUCCAUCGUCAUAAGCACAAGUAGAAACGAUAUUGGCAGCGGACGAAUCAAAGCCGUCUGCAUUAGAUAAGGACCAUCAUUUGGUUUCACCAGUAAUAAAUGUCAAUAAAGUA